CUUCAGAUCAAGGAAGAGCGUACUAGUGAAUGGUGGUUAGCAAGAUCAUUAGAUACUGAUCAAGAGGGAAUUGUUAAUAUUAUUGAUAUUAAAAAAGAUGAAGAGAGUGAACUGUCAACAUUGGAAUCACUUGAACUAUUUCAUUAUGCAAUGACAGAAAAUGUUGACAUACCUAAAAUCAAGGAAAUUAAGACGAGGAGCAACGUUGAGAGAGCAAGUCUCUUUUUAUCAUUAAUUAAACAAGAUUCAGUUCUGCUAGAUCAACUUAGAAAAAAAGAACAUGCAAUUAGGUGGUAUGAUGAUGGUGUUCAACUGACCUCUCCAUCUUUAAUACAAUGUCAAGAAGUAGUUUCUCUAUUAACAAGCAAUCAUCGUAGCAUAAGGAUAAUCAAAUCAUCUCCUGACGUUGUGUGUGAUCUGUUGCCAGUUUUAUUAGAAAAUGAAAAUAUGAGAUCCUUGACAAUACGUGACACUCAACUAACACAGGACUGCAUUUCAUCCUUGUGUAACUUACUGGCUAAUAAUAAAUCGCUAGAAGAUUUAUAUCUUUGUAACUGUUCCAUUGAUGACAAAGCAGUUACCGAUGUUAUAACUGUAUUGCUACAAAAUAAUACACUUAAAGAAUUAAGCUUCCAGAAAAAUACUCUUGUUACCUCUGCUAUUUCACAGAAUCUUUCUGAACUAAUCAAGAAUUUAAUAUUAGAAGUAUUAGAUCUAGCAGGUACUUCAAUAUCGUCUGAUGGAAUAUUGCUAAUUCUUCAAUCGUUAUUAGUUAAUACGAAAAUGAAGCUCUAUCUACAUAUUGACGACAAAGACGUAUGCACAGAAUAUUGUGACUAUAAUAUCAUAAAAGAUAGAGUGUUUUUCUAUUAACAAAGAACUUUAAUGCUGACAUUAAUUAGACAUUAUUAGAUCAUGCAAGUGUAAUGCAAUUGUGUACAAGGA